AUCAAGAGGGAUUGUGGGACAUGAGAAGUCAACUUUAGAAAACAGGGCAGGGAAAAUGCUGACAGUGCCGACAGACAAGCCAGAGGUGACCCGUGAGCCAGAGUUUGGUGCGAGCUUUCCACGUUCCAACAUCCACCAGGCGAAGAGUCUCAUGCAAGACCACAGGACACAAAGACUGGACAAACUGGACCUUCGGGAUGAACUAUCAGACAAGGAUGAAGAGGAGCAAAGUGAAGAUCAGGACGAAGAGCAGGACCCGAACAAACGGCGGACGCCACGCAGGCGCCAGUCGGCCGGCACGUCGGAUCGGACGAGGGUGAGGCGCCAGGAGGCUAACACUCGAGAGCGCAGUCGUAUGCACGGCCUGAACAGCGCGCUCGAGAGCCUGCGCAAGGUCGUACCGUGCUACUCAAGUGCACAGAAGCUAUCCAAGAUCGAGACGCUGCGUCUGGCCAAGAAUUACAUCCGGGCCCUGUCUGAGACACUUAGCUCGGGCACACGGCCAGAUCUAGUGGCAUUCGCGCGUACCCUGUGUAAAGGCCUGUCGCAGCCUACUACCAAUUUAGUGGCAGGAUGUUUGCAACUCAAUGCAGGGCGUUUCCUGACUGACCCCGGGGAUGUUACACCCCCCUGUGACACCCCGUACACAUACGCCAGCGCGGACUCGAGCAGCCACAUGGACGGCGCCAAACACUUCCGCCCGUACUACUCCAACAUGUACGACCCCUAUUACACCAGCGCCUCCCCGGACAACAGCAGCUCACGGUUCGACGCCCAGCUGAGCCCCUCCGUGAACUAUAACGCUGUGUUCAUGUUUCAGAAACCAGACGAGCAGGUCGAUUGCGGUGCCAGCUGCCGCUAUGGUGGAAGAUGCUGUGGCACACCGGGACAUCCCCCCCUCAGCCGGCCGUACACCAUGUCCCCUGACAGUCACUUCCCGUUUGAGCUGCGCAUGCGCAACCAGCCCUUCCAAAACCAGGAGGAACUGAACACAGGAUACCAUCAUUAAAGAGCACAUAAAAAACAGUAGCUGUUGGAAAAAGUUUGUGCCCCCGACAGGUUCAUGCACUGAGCUACCCAACCUGGACAUUGAUUUUUUUCUGUUAAAUCUUCUUGAUCCUCUGAUUAUUCAGAAUCCUCAAAAUCAUUUCCAGCUGAGCUUAUUUUUUAUUACCCCUGACUAAAACUGAGGCAGAAAUAAUUUACACUUAAAGAUGAAGUAAUAUAUUUAUUUAUUGCCCGAUUUUAAUGUAUCAUUUAUUGUCUACUAAAUUAUCAAAAUGUUUUGCCUAAUG